GGAACACUGACCCCGCACACCUCCACCCCCAUUCCGUACCUUGGAAGCUGAAAGGCGCAAAAAGCUUCCAGAAGCGUCCCCAAAACCGCCCACGGCGAUCGGGGGCGCGCGCGCAGCCGGCGGCGGCGAAGAGGCUGCGAGGUCUGGCCUUCUUCCCCUGCUAGAUCGCCGGUCGACGGAGAUGGAGAUGGACCACGCGGCGGCGGAGAAGGCGCGGUGGCGCUUCUCGGACGGCGGCGUCACCGACCUCCUGCAAGCCCGAAGUCUCCACGGCACCGCUGACAUUAAUAAGAGAGUGCAAUUCCAUUCUUCUCUAGUACAAAGGCUUGCUUUGGAGAAGGAAAUGGAGGGUCACCUAGGUUGUGUCAAUGCUAUUGCAUGGAAUUCAAAGGGCUCACUUCUGCUAUCAGGUUCAGAUGACACUAGAAUCGGCAUCUGGAGUUAUGCUAAUCGAGAGUUGUUGCAUGACAUUGAUACGGGUCAUUCAGCAAACAUAUUUUGCACAAAAUUUGUCCCUGAAACAUCUGAUGAAGUAAUAGUCUCAGGAGCAGGAGAUGCAGAGGUUCGUGUUUUUAAUUUGUCCCGUUUAAGUGGAAAAAGGCCUGUAGAAAUUUCUAUGGAACCAUCAGCAGUUUACCAAUGCCACUCAAGGAGGAUCAAGAAAUUAGCUGUUGAAAUUGGUAACCCUAAUAUAGUCUGGAGUGCAAGUGAGGAUGGAACUCUAAGACAGCAUGAUUUUCGGGAGUGCAGUUCCUGUCCUCGUGCAAGAUCUACUAAUCAGGAAUGCCGUAAUGUGCUUCUAGAUCUACGAUGGGGAGCAAAGAAAUCUUUAGCUGAUAUUCCCAGACAGCCAUUGGCACUGAAGUCUUGUGAUAUCAGCACUGUUCGUCCCCAUCAGCUCCUUGUUGGUGGAAGUGAUGCAUUUGCACGACUGUAUGAUAGGAGAAUGCUUCCACCAUUGAGCACAUGCCAAACAAAAAAGGAACCACCUCCAUGUAUUAAAAUGUUCUGUCCAAUGCACCUUGCUGAUACUAGGAAGUCAAAUUUGCAUCUAACUCAUGUUGCGUUCAGCCCAAAUGGUAAGGAGGUUCUGUUGAGCUACAGUGGUGAACAUGUAUAUCUAUUUGAUGUUGACCUAGAAAAUACGAGUUCUGUGAGAUACACAGCAGACAAUGUACAGGAGCAAUUAUGUCUACCCCCUUUUAACAAAGAGCCAGCAAAGUUAAUUUCAAAACAACAGAAGUUUCCUGUAAACAGAGCUUCAAGAAAUGUGUGUAGGGUAGAUACGUUCAAGAAACUUAUGCAAGUUGCAACAAAAUCUCUUGAGAUGGGCACUAACUUGAUGCUUGGGGUUGAAGCAUGCUCUACAAUACUUCUGGCAGUGGACCAUAAUAUUGAUGAUAACAUGAAGCAUGAUUGCUUGUGUACUCGGGCAGGAUUGUAUCUAAAGAGGAGGUGGAAAAAUGAUGUAUACAUGGCUAUAAGGGAUUGCAACAGUGCAAGGUGUAUAGAUUCCAGAUCAUUUCAGGCGCAUCUGUAUAUGGCAGAAGCACUAUUACAGUUAGGAAGGCUGAAAGAGGCAUCUGAAUAUGUGGAUGCAUUAAAUACUAUUGUUCCACCUUAUUCUCAGUCAGUGAAGCAAGUGGAAAAUAUAAAGGAGCAGCUUUUUGCAGCUGAACUUGAGAAGAAUAAAAAGGAUCAAGUAGGGAAUACCUACACUGAUGCACGACAUGGGCGGUUACGCUCAUUAAGUGAUCUACUGUUUAGAUCAGAUGCCAGUGGCUCGUCAUCACAGGAGGGUCGAGAAGAUUCAGAUUAUGAUGAUGAAAUGGAGUUGGACUUUGAAACAUCAGCAUCAGGUGAUGAAAGCCGUGAUAGUGAUCCAGGUUUUGUCCGGGGUAGUUUAAGUUUAAGAUUUCACAGAAGAGAUAGUCAAACUGACGAACAUUCUGGUGAAAAUGGAUCAGCUGAGUCCACUCAGAAUGGUGAUUCUGCCUAUCAGCCAGAAGUUGCCGUUGACAUGAAGCAAAGAUAUGUUGCACACUGCAAUGUGGGGACAGAUAUAAAGCAAGCUAGCUUUCUCGGUGAACAAGGGGAGUUUAUUGCUAGCGGAAGUGAUGAUGGUAGAUGGUUCAUAUGGGAGAAACGAACUGGAAGGUUGAUUAAAAUGCUUGCAGGGGAUGGAGCCGUUGUGAACUGUAUACAAUCUCAUCCAUAUGACUGUGCUGUUGCAACAAGUGGUAUAGAUAACACAAUAAAGUUAUGGACACCGGAUGCGAACGCUACAUCUAUGAUUGCUGGACCCGAAAUUGAUGUAUCAAGUGUCAUAGAAAACAAUCAGAGGAAGCUCUCCCGGAACCGUGAAAUUUUGCUACCUUUCGAAUUUUUGGAACGAUUUCGAAUGCAUGAGUUUGGUGAAGGAAGUUUACAUCCUUUGGAGUGUGCACAGAGCUGAUUUCCUAUUGCUUAAGUUUUGCUGAGCUUACGGGAAAAAGAAGGAAAUGCAUGGAAGGUGACUUCAUCCAAGAGAUAAGCUGUUCAUGUUUUGAUAGGAGUGAAACUGCAAGGCCUUGCUGCAGUUUUAGGCUUGCAUUAUUGAUUAAUGUUGGCACACCUCCUUAUGCGGUGUCUAAGCAGGCGUGUUGUUGCUUGAGAUGAGAAUAAACAGCUAAAUGCUGUUGCCUGCUGGUUGGGUAUAAUGAUUGAUCUCUGGUACGCAAUGUAUAUCCAUUCCCUUGUACAGAUUGUAGGGAGGCAAACAAUCGAAGAGCCAUAGCAGAGGCUUAAGCCAUAAUGUUCCUCUCUUUGGCCCGGAGGGCAACGCCAUUUCAGGUCGGGAAGCUUCGGUUCCCGUAUUAUCCGGUAUUGCGUAUAGGAUAUAUUUCCCUACACUAGCACAACUUUUUGUGUGGCCGUGACCGGUUGUGUUCAGUUGCCCUUGCAUGCGUCCGCUCCCAAAUGGUUCAGCAAUUGACUUGUAAAAACUGGACUUGGCCCUACGUGAAUCUUCAUAUUGCCUUUCUUUGAUUGUAAUAAUGUGGGUGUAUGCUUGCGUCUAUGUAUUCCGUAAUAAAAAAGAUGCAGCUGGAGAUGUGGUA